AUGUUAGAAGAAAGUCUUGCAUUAACUUACAUUUUGGAAAACAGCUUUAAGCCAGAAGCAGGUGCAAGACCUGGAGUAUCUAAAAUUGGGAUACUGAUCACUGAUGGGAAGUCCCAAGAUGAUGUUAUCCCUCCUGCUAAAAACCUCCGAGACGCUGGCAUUGAGCUGUUUGCUAUUGGUGUAAAGAAUGCAGAUAUAAAUGAACUCAAAGAGAUUGCUUCUGAACCUGACAGCACACACGUCUACAACGUGGCUGACUUUAACUUCAUGCAUACCAUUGUUGAAGGUCUUACCAGAACAGUGUGCUCACGAGUAGAGGAACAGGAAAAGGAAAUCAAAGGAACAAUUGCUUCACUUGGGGCUCCUUCGGAUUUGGUCACAUCAGAGGUAACAGCUAGAGGAUUCCGGGUUAGCUGGACCCAUGCACCAGGCAAAGUGGAAAAAUACAGGGUUGUGUACUAUCCUACUCGAGGAGGACCACCAGAAGAGGUUGUAGUAGAUGGAAGCGUAUCAACAGCAGUUCUGAAAAACCUGAUGUCUUUAACUGAAUACCAGAUAGCUGUAUUUGCCAUAUACUCAAAUGCUGCUAGUGAGGGCCUCCGUGGAACAGAAACUACACUCGCCUUGCCAAUGGCAUCGGAUCUGCAAUUGUAUGAUGUGUCGCAGAGCAGCAUGAGAGUGAAGUGGAACGGAGUAGCGGGUGCCACAGGUUACAUGAUCCUAUAUGCUCCCCUCACAGAAGGAUUGGCAGCAGAUGAGAAAGAGAUAAAAAUUGGGGAGGCCUCAACAGAUCUUGAACUGGAUGGACUGUUGCCAAAUACAGAAUAUACAGUCACAGUUUAUGCCAUGUUCGGAGAAGAAGCCAGUGAUCCCCUUACAGGACAAGAAACUACAUUGCCUCUAAGUCCACCAGCAAAUUUGAGAUUUUCUGACGUUGGACAUAGUAGUGCUAAGCUAACAUGGGAUCCUGCUUCCAAAAAUGUAAAUGGCUAUCGCAUCAUGUAUGUUAAAACAGACGGAACAGAAACCAAUGAGGUGGAAGUUGGUCGUGUUUCAACCCAUACUCUGAAAAGUUUGGCACCCCUUACAGAGUAUACUGUUGCAAUUUUCUCCCUGUAUGAUGAAGGACAAUCUGAACCGCUUACUGGCAGCUUUACCACGAAAAGAGUUCCAGCUCCCCAGCAUUUGGAAAUUGAUGAAGCAUCAACAGAUAGUUUUAGGGUCAGCUGGAAGCCCACCUCAUCAAAUAUUGCUUUUUACAGAUUGGCAUGGAUUCCUUUGGAUGGGGGGGAAUCCGAAGAGGUUGUCAUAAAUGGAGAUGCAGACAGUCACGUUAUAGAGGGUUUGUUGCCCGACACAGAAUAUGAAGUUUCUUUGCUGGCAGUUUUUGAUGAUGAAACUGAAAGUGAAGUUGUUGCUGUUCUGGGAGCUACAUUUGCAAAUUCUACCAGAAUGCCUUCCACGGCGACUACUACCAGUGCCACAACCUCUGAGCCCACCACAGCAGUUUUUCGAACAGGAAUCAGAAACCUUGUUAUAGAUGAUGAAACAACCUCAAGUCUGAGGGUGACGUGGGACAUUUCAGAUUAUAGUGUCCAGCAGUUCAGAGUGACCUAUCUCACUGCGAAGGGUGACCGUUCUGAGGAAGCGGUAAGAAUGGUAAUGGUGCCUGGGAGACAAAAUACUCUUCUGCUUCACCCUCUGCUGCCUGAUACAGAAUACAAAGUUACCAUAACUCCCAUCUAUGCCGAUGGGGAAGGAGUCAGCGUCUCAGCUCCUGGCAAAACUCUACCCCUGUCUGCUCCUAGAAAUUUGCGUGUCUCAGAUGAGUGGUACAACAGAUUACGCAUCAGUUGGGAUGCCCCACCAUCAACAACAAUGGGUUACAGAGUUGUCUACAAACCUAUCAACAUUCCUGGUCCUGCGUUGGAGACCUUUGUAGGGGAUGAUAUUAAUACCAUUCUCAUUCUAAAUCUCUUCAGUGGAACGGAGUACAGUGUUAAAGUAUUUGCUUCGUACUCAACAGGCUUCAGUGAUGCCCUAACAGGCGUAGCCAAAACCUUGUACCUGGGUGUGACAAAUCUGGAUUCCUAUCAAGUCCGCAUGACUAGUCUGUGUGCUCAGUGGCAGCUUCAUAGACAUGCAACUGCAUACAGGGUAGUUAUAGAGUCACUUGUGGAUGGAAAACAACGAGAAGUAAAUCUUGGUGGAGGGACACCUAGACAUUGUUUCUUUGAGCUGAUGCCUGGAACUGAGUAUAAAAUCAGUGUUCAUACACAGCUUCAGGAGAUCGAGGGCCCUGCUGUAAGCAUCAUGGAGACAACAUUACCAUUUCCAACUCAACCACCAACAACACCUUCAACACCACCUCCACCACCUACAAUCCCGCCUGCAAAAGAAGUGUGCAAAGCAGCCAAAGCUGACCUUGCGUUCCUGGUGGAUGGGUCAUGGAGUAUUGGAGAUGACAAUUUCAAUAAAAUUAUAAGCUUUCUCUAUAGCACUGUUGGAGCUUUGGAUAAGAUUGGUCCUGAUGGAACACAGGUGGCAAUAAUUCAGUUUAGCGAUGAUCCCAGGACAGAAUUUAAGUUGAAUGCAUACAAAACAAAAGAGACUCUUCUUGAAGCUAUUCAGCGAAUAGCCUACAAAGGAGGAAAUACAAAAACAGGCAAAGCCAUUAAACAUGCAAGAGAAAUCCUGUUUACUGGAGAGGCAGGCAUGAGAAGGGGCAUUCCAAAGGUUUUGGUUGUCAUUACUGAUGGGCGAUCACAGGAUGAUGUGAACAAAGUCUCCAGAGAAAUGCAACUAGAUGGUAAAAUGUGUAGUUUUAAGAACUACUCACAUUUCCUUUUUUUCUCAUUAAUUGUAUCUCUCUGUGAAGUUCCCAGUGAAUAUCAUGGCUUCCUGAAAGCCAAUGUAAUCGUCCAGCUUGUCUGCCUACUCGUUGUGUUGUUAGAUGCUGAGUGUUUCAGCUUUUUUGCUAUUGGAGUAGCUGAUGCCGACUAUUCAGAGUUAGUGAAUAUUGGCAGCAAGCCCAGUGAAAGACACGUCUUCUUUGUGGAUGACUUUGAUGCCUUUACAAAGAUUGAAGAUGAGCUGAUCACUUUUGUUUGUGAAACUGCAUCAGCAACCUGCCCAUUGGUAGUUAAAGAUGGCAAUAAUUUUGCAGGAUUUAAAAUGAUGGAAAUGUUUGGUUUGGUUGAAAAGGAGUUUUCCGCUGUGGAAGGGGUUUCAAUGGAACCUGGUACAUUUAAUGUUUACCCAUGUUACAGACUGCACAAGGAUGCCCUGGUGUCACAGCCUACCAAGUAUUUGCAUCCUGAAGGUCUCCCUUCUGAUUACACCAUCACGUUUCUCUUUCGUAUACUCCCUGACACACCUCAGGAGCCCUUUGCUCUUUGGGAGAUUUUAAAUGAAGGAUAUGAACCACUGGUUGGAGUUAUUUUAGAUAAUGGUGGUAAAACUCUGACUUUCUUUAACUAUGACUACAAAGGAGAUUUUCAAACUGUGACUUUUGAAGGUCCUGAAAUAAGGAAGAUGUUUUAUGGGAGUUUUCAUAAGCUGCAUGUUGUUAUCAGCAAGACUACAGCCAAGAUAAUUAUUGACUGCAAACAAGUGAGUGAGAAGACCAUUAAUGCAGCAGGGAAUAUUAGUUCUGAUGGCAUAGAAGUGCUGGGGAGAAUGGUGAGAUCCAGAGGACCGAGAGACAACUCUGCACCACUGCAGUUACAGAUGUUUGACAUUGUUUGUGCUACCUCAUGGGCCAAUCGAGACAAAUGCUGUGAGCUUCCUGGCUUGAGAGAUGAGGAAAACUGCCCUGCCCUUCCUCAUGCUUGUUCCUGUUCAGAAGCCAAUAAGGGUCCUCUUGGACCUCCUGGACCACCGGGUGGUCCAGGUGUCAGAGGUGCCAAAGGUCAUCGCGGUGAUCCAGGUCCAAAGGGACCAGAUGGACCUCGAGGUGAAAUUGGUGUUCCUGGACCGCAAGGACCUCCAGGACCACAAGGACCCAGUGGACUUUCUAUUCAAGGGCCUCCAGGGCCACCAGGUGAAAAGGGAGAGAAGGGAGAUCUUGGUUUUCCUGGCCUGCAGGGUGUCCCAGGAGCAUCAGGUUCACCCGGAAGAGAUGGAGCUCAAGGUCAAAGGGGCCUUCCUGGCAAAGAUGGACCCACAGGCCCACAAGGACCUCCUGGCCCAAUGGGCAUACCUGGUGCUCCAGGUGUUCCAGGUAUUACUGGAAGCCAGGGGCCACAAGGUGAUGUUGGAGCUCCUGGUCCUCCUGGAGCUAAGGGUGAAAGGGGUGAGCGGGGCGAUCUUCAGUCCCAAGCAGUGGUUCGUGCUGUUGCUCGUCAAGUGUGUGAACAGCUCAUCCAGGGUCAUAUGGCAAGAUAUAACUCAAUUCUGAACCAGAUUCCAAGCCAAUCUGUCUCAACACGAACCAUCGCAGGACCUCCUGGUGAGCCAGGUCGGCCAGGAGCUCCAGGGCCACAGGGUGAACAAGGAUCACCGGGCAUGCAAGGGUUUCCAGGAAGCCCUGGUCAACCUGGAAGACCAGGAGAAAGAGGUUUACCAGGUGAGAAAGGAGAAAAAGGCAAUCCAGGUGUUGGAACGCAAGGACCCCGAGGCCCACCAGGAUCUACAGGACCUCCAGGAGAAAGUCGAACUGGCAGCCCAGGACCGCCAGGAUCAGCGGGCCCACGAGGUCCCCCUGGUCACAUGGGACCCCCAGGCUCACAGGGUCCUUCUGGUCCCCCUGGGUACUGUGAUCCGUCCUCCUGCGCUGGUUAUGGCAUGGGAGGUGGAUACGGUGAGCCAACUGAUCAAGACAUCCCAGUAGUGCAGUUGCCACAUAGCUCCUACCAAAUCUAUGACCCUGAGGACCUUUAUGAUGGUGAGCAACAGCCGUAUAUAGUUCACGGGUCCUACCCCUUACCAUCCCCAUACUCCCAGUCCUAUCCAUCACCUCAUCUUGCUCAACCAGAAUUUACUCCUGUUCAAGAAGAGAUGGAAGCCGUUGAACUGAGAUCCCCAGGAAUCAGUCGCUUCGCAAGGAGGAUAGCCAAAAGGAGCGCCAAGAGUCCAGCACGCACAAAGGCAAAUGGAAAAAAACCCUCUCAAUGAACUGUUUAAAAAAGGGAAACAUUUUAUGUGCAUCUGUUUGGCCUUUUGUCCAGGUGCCUCACCUGUCACGGAAGAUGUUUACAGGCUCUUAUGUUAAAGGAGAAAAAAGUGUACAUGGCUGGUUGACACAACAAAUAAUGGUAAUUAUCUUGCAUGCCAGAAGCUUAGUUGUUAGUGGGUUGGUGCUAGAUGAUGAUGAAAGGUCACUUGUAGACCUUUCUCUGGAGUACUGUUCCGUUCACUAUUCAAACUGUAUAAAAACAUGCGUCCAGCUAGUUGGUGUAUGUAGAACCAUCCAGAAAAGUUAAUGUUUGUUAUCAGUUUUUUCCUAGUUGAUUAUGUUCUGUUGGUUUUGGAUUAAUUGCUUUACUAGCAGAGUAACCCGACUAAAUUCACUGGAGAACAAUCAUAAUCAGGUUUCCUUGAACCCAGCUUAUUACCCUUUUGCAAAGAAUUCAUAUGUUAACAGGGUGUUGUUUUUUCUAACUCACAUGAUAUAAAUACACAAGAAUGUUCUGUGGGA